AGAAAAACUAGGGAAAACAAAAAGAAGAAGAAAACACAAAGGGUCCCAAAUGAGUAAAAAAGAGUUGGCUGAAACUUCAAGUAUCGUGCAUGCAAUUUUUCUGUUCCAUUCUUCCAUUUCUUUUCCUCUUUCAACUCAUUUCUUUUUUUUUUAGCCUCCCAAUUUUCUUUCGUUUUUUUUUUCUGUCUUCUACUCGUACUUACUCUUGCAUGCUACUUAGCUUCUUCAAUCCUUUAUCUUUCCUCUAAUCUUCAAAAAUUUACAAUUAUAUAGUAAUUUAUAUUGUAUAGUACUAUUAUGCAAAAUAUAGGCUGCUAAAUUAAAUCUUUGAAGAUGCAUCAAAAACUGUAAUUACAAUACAAAAGACUUUUUUUGAAGUUUGAGUAAAAAAAAAAUUAUGGGUUUGAAGACUUGUAUGAAUAUUUUGUGCGGUACGACGUCGUCUGCUGAAUGGAAAAUUGGUUGGAAUUUGCGAUCUGGGGAGUUGGCUAAUUUAUGCGAUAAGUGCGGAUAUGCUUUUGAGCAACGUAUUUACUGCGAGGAGUUUCAUUCAGAUGAUUCUGGCUGGAGAGAGUGUGUUACGUGUGGCAAGCGACUCCACUGUGGUUGCAUUGCUUCGUUGACUUUGAUAGAGUUGCUUGAUGGUGGUGGUGUGAGAUGCAUUGGCUGUGCAAGGAAUUUAGACCCUAGUUUGAGCUCAAAUGCUGGAAAAUGUGAUGGAUCUGGAGCUUGCAAUGUGACAGAAUAUAAUGCUGGCAUGAAACAUUUAGGCAAUUAUAAGGAAAUUAACAAGAGCAAUCAACUAUCUGUUAUACAGAAUCCUAACUCAAAUAUAGCUUUUGGAUUUCUGAAACAAGAGGAACUGUUGCUCCCUCCUGCUCAAGCUGGGAGUUCAUGGGUCUCAAACUUACCUCAGUCCUCCAUGGGAUAUUUUCAGAAGGCUAGACUUGAAGUGUCCACCAGUGGCAUGCAAACCAAAGAUAACUACGGACCAGUAGGUCACCCAAACCUGAAUAUUGCUUUGGGUGUUCAAACAGGAAAUCUUCAAGCUACAUCCAAUGCGAUUGUUGAUGAAAGAGAACAGAGAAAGAUUUCCGAUACUUUUCACCAGGGAUAUGUAUCUCCCAACCUUUUGCCAACACCGCCAAAGCUGGCCUUUUCUCCAGCCUCUGACACAAAUCCUAGUGUGAUACCACAAAUGCGUGUAGCAAGGCCACCUGUUGAGGGACGAGGCCGUCAUCAACUGCUUCCUCGUUACUGGCCAAGGAUCACAGACCAAGAGUUGCAGCAAAUAACUGGAGAUUCAAAUUGUACUAUUGUUCCAUUGUUUGAAAAGGUUUUGAGUGCUAGUGAUGCUGGUCGAAUAGGACGUUUGGUUCUUCCUAAAGCAUGUGCUGAAGCAUAUUUUCCUCCUAUAUCUCAACCUGAGGGACUGCCUAUCAAGAUCCAAGAUGUGAAGGGUAAAGAAUGGCUGUUUCAGUUCAGGUUUUGGCCGAACAAUAACAGCAGGAUGUAUGUUUUAGAGGGUGUAACUCCGUGUAUACAGUCAAUGCAAUUGCAAGCUGGCGAUACUGUAACAUUCAGCCGUAUGGAUCCUGAAGGAAAACUUGUUAUGGGUUUCCGGAAAGCAUCAAACUCUGCUUCCCUGCAGGAUGCUGCAUCAUCUGCCAUCCGUAAUGCCCCUCUUUCAAGUGAAUCUUUCUUUUCGGGUGUUAUUGAGAACCUACCUGUAAUAAGUGGUUCCUCUGGCCUUAUCCAAUCAAUGAAGGGGAGCACGGAUACACAUAUGAAUGCUUUAUCAAGACACCUGGACUCUGCCGGUGGGAAUGUCCGGUGGCAUAAUAGUGAAAAGUGUAAUGAACGGACAGAAGAAGGAAUGUUACCCACAUCUAUUCAGAUGCUGGACAGGAAAAAGAGUCGCAAUAUAGGUUCCAAGAGCAAGAGGUUGCUUAUUGAUGAUCAAGAUGUUUUGGCUCUUAGAUUGACAUGGGAGGAGGUACAGGGUAUGCUUCGCCCUCCACAAAGUGCAAGACCUAGUGUUGUUGUGAUCGAGGAUUACGAAUUUGAAGAAUAUGAAGAACCCCCGGUUUUUGGGAAGACCAGUAUUUUCACAGCCCGUUCAUCUGGGGCUGUAGAGCAAUGGACUCAGUGUGACAACUGCUCUAAAUGGCGGAGAUUGCCUGGUGAUAUUUUACUUCCUUCGAAAUGGACUUGUGCAGAUAAUGUUUGGGAACAGAGCAGGUGCUUUUGCUCUGCUGCAGAGGAAUUAGGCCCCAAGGAACUGGAAAACUUUCGACAUCUGAGCAAGGAUGCUACAAAGAGAAGAAUGGUGAUGGCUAAUAGAAUGGCACAGGAACAGGAUCCUUCUGGCCUCAAUGCUCUAGCUUCUGCAGCAGCUUUGGGAGAUAACAGUAAUGAUCCAGGCACUUCAUCUGUUGCAGCAACUACCAAGCAUCCGAGGCACCGCCCGGGUUGUUCUUGUAUUGUUUGCAUUCAACCACCAAGCGGGAAAGGGAAGCACAAGUCAACAUGCACUUGCACUGUCUGCAUGACAGUUAAGCGUCGUUUCAAGACUCUUAUGAUGAGGAAAAAGAAACGCCAGUCUGAACAGGAAGCGGAGAUUGCCCUGAAAAACUACCAAAAACAAAAUCCUAACAGAAAUGCUGAUAAAACUGAUCCAGAAAAUGAUAACAGGUCACAGCUUGAGCAUCGGCACCGAACUGAAGAUGACGACUUACAACAGGUGGGUCCCACUCAAAUUAAUGAUGACAGAGUUGAUACCCCGAUCAGCUUGUUGGCGGAAAGUGGCAAGAGCCUUGAUCUAAAUUGCCAACCUGGUCGUGAAGAAGACUCUAGGACAAGGGCUUCUGAUGCUAGUUUGACCAAUCUCCUUCAGUUAGCAAGCCUCCCUUUGGAUGCUUAUAUGAAGCAAAAUGGUCUUACUAGCUUGUCAUCUGAACAACUAGCUGGUUCCAAAUCCCUGCUAGGACAAGCUACUGGAGAGGCUGCGGGGAAAGCUGUUGACGAUCAUUCCGGUGGUCAAGGUCCGCAAGAACACGUGAAUCACAGUAAUGGAAGCUGUGAACCUGAAGUUAAACAACAGAGUGAUCCUUUAUUAGACUCUCCUCCCUUGUAAUUUAUAUCUCCUUGAACACAUUCUUUGAUUGUUAUAAAAUCAAUUUACUUGCCUUGUGGUUAAUAUUUACUCAGGCUAAGCUUGUUGUAAUUUCUAACUGUAAGAUUUAGCAGAGCUUUAGGAUCAGUUUGUACUCCACACCCAUCACGUCAGAUGUACAAAUAGUUUGCAGUUUCUGCACUGAUGUGAAUUUUAAAGUAAUCACUUUUGGCUGUCUCUA